AUGGGGCUGCGCAGUGGGGGCAGGGACGGAGGAAGGGAGCAAGCAACGAAGGUGAGGGCAUGGGCAGUGGCAGGAGAGGAGGAGAAGGAUGAGAAGGUGAGAGAAUGGGCAGUGGCAGAAGGGGAAGAGAAGGACGAGAAGGAGAAGGCGGGAGGGUGUGAAUUUGUAGCAGCAGACACUGAAGGGAAGAAUGAGAAGGUGAGGGAAUGGGCAUUGGCAGAAAGGGAAGAGAAGGACGAGAAGGAGGAGGCGGGAGUGUGCGAAUUAGUAGCAGCAGGCACUGAAGGGAUGAAUGAAAAGGUGAAGGAAUGGGCAGCCACAGAAGGGGAAGGGAAGAAUGAGAGGGAGGGGACCUGGGCGGCAGGGGCAAAGACUGGCGUGACAAUGAAGGAUCGGAUGCAAGCAGAGGAGCAAGCGCAGGGAAACAAGCUGGCGGAGCAGCAUGUGAGGAAGCUGCGGGAAGGAAGGCCAGAGCUGCUGGGGGAAGCAGAGCAGGAGAGUGAGGAAGUGGGGGCAGGGGAGCCCCUAGCAACAGGGGAAAAGGCAGACCAUGCAAUGGAAGAGGCGGAGAACCGGGCGGCAUGGGAGCAAGCUAAGGCAGCCGAACACUUGGAGGAGGUGAUACCGGUAUCGGUGGAGGACCUACAUACCGUGCAGUUGAGGGAUGCGUGCAGCCGUGAGCAGUGGCAGCAGCAGGAAGGCAAGGGGAUAAGGGCGGCUAGAGAGGCAGGCCAGCGCUCACCCCGAGCGCGAUCCCCCGUGCAACGCUCUCCGCGGCGAUCUCCGGCGACGCGGGGGAGGGGGUCGCCUGGGCGUCGCUGGGAUUCGGGUCGCCGCGAGCAGUCCCCCCCCCCCCGUCCACAUUCGGCUGGUUCCGGGGGACGGCGGGGCUGGCGGAAAGGCGGAGGGCGAGGCGGGAAUGGCAACCAGCCGGAUCCUGCCCUCGAUCGCGCUGCGGACACGUUCGUGGAGGUGGUGAGGCAGGCCCGGGCGAGUGGGGCGCCGACGCACGUCCACAUUGAGGUGACCAAUGGUCCCCCCUUCGCCGCGGACCCCGGCCAGGUUGCUCCUCUGCGCGCACCGACGCUGCGCGAAUAUCAGCCCGCGCGUAUUUCUGCUCCUUCUUGUCCGCAGCUGCCCUAG